GAAAUUGAAUUACGGGACGGGACUUUUAUUUUGAUAGGCCGUGUCCCCCGGAAGUGUAUGGAGAAGUCAGUGAGCAGUUUCCGAUGAGCAGAGCGGAGUACAAUGGCAUCUGUGGAGCAAGACGCAGACAUGCAGACGAUGUGUGCUGCAGGAGAGAGCGUGUGUGAGGAGACGUCUCCGGAUUCGAAGUGUCCGAUCUGUCUGGAGCGUUUCAAGAACGUAUCGUACGCGGAUCGAUGUUUCCACCGUUUUUGUUUUCGCUGUAUAGUGGAGUGGGGGAAGAACAAGGCCGAGUGUCCUCUGUGUAAGCAGCCCUUCAGCUCCAUCUACCACUCCGUCCGCUCCGAGGAUGACUUCCGUCUCUACCAGCUCCGCCCCUCACAUCACAGCUCCUUUGGCUGCGUCGGGGGUCAGAGGUUCCGCUAUGGGACCACGCUGACGCACCAGCGCCGCAGGGAGGGACCCACGCGGGGGACGUCCUACCGACAAGAAGUGAUGCGUUUCCGGCGCUGGCUGUACCGGCGUGGCGUGCGGGUGCGUGGCGUGCGAGACGGCGGACGUUCCCGGGACACGUCAGCCGAAUUCUUCAGGAAAAACCCGGCGUGUCUGCACAGACUGGUUCCGUGGCUAAAGCGGGAGCUGGCGGUGAUCUACGGGUCACAUGACUCGGUGGCUGACGUCGUCCUUCACAUGAUAUUGUCUCUGCUCACACGUCACGAUAUGCAAGGCGAGGCCUUCCUGCGAGAACUCCGCUCGUUCCUGUCAUCACGGACCGAGCACUUCCUGCACGAGUUCCUGAGUUUCGCCAAGGCGCCGUUCAACAUGGAAGCGUACGAUCACCACGCUGUGUACGAUUGCCCCGCCCCCUCGCACCUCCCUGACAUAUCGGAGGAUGAAGCAGACCAUAGCUCUGCCCCGUCACCCUGGGAUGAUGAAACUCCAGGUCCAAGCUAUUCCAGCACCUCACGGAGUGUCUUCACCGUCACCAUCAGUGACUCCGACGUGGACAGCGGAAGUGAAGAAGAGGAGAGUGCACGUGUUAUCGCUGAUGCUGGCGCUAAUUCUAAUGUCAGCGGCACUCGUGUGGAGGAGGAGGAGGACGAUCACAGCAUCGAUGAAGACUGCGUCAUCAUCGGCUUCAUUAAACCCAUCGCUCAGAGAACUCCCGAGCUCGUCCAGCUGUCUUCUGAUUCCGAAAUGUCAGAGCAGGAAGAACCGGGACCAUCUGCCUCUAACCAAUUACAGGCCAGAGAUCUCGCCAAUCAGAGAAGCCCAGGAAAAGGCUCCGCCCACUCUGCUCCAGAAAACAGGGAUUGUUCCUCACAUGGCCACAGAAGGCACUCUCACUCACACAGAAAAAGAAGAAAAGCAACCAAUCACAGCUCUCCAUCCUACACACGCUCACACACACACUCACACACACACACGUACACACACAGGUACACAUAUUCACACUGCAGCAGACAUAAACCACAACCGUCACGUGCACACUCAGGAUCUAGAACACGUGCGCGCUCGAGAUCCAGGACACGUGAACACUCGAGAUCCAGGACACGCGCGCGCUCGAGAUCCAGGACACGUGCGCGCUCGAGAUCCAGGACACGUGCGCGCUCGAGAUCCAGGACACGUGCGCGCUCGAGAUCCAGGACACGCGCGCCGAGAUCCAGGACACGCGGCGCGCCGAGAUCCAGGACACGGCGCUCGAGAUCCAGGACACGCGGCGCUCGAGAUCCAGGACACGUCGGCGCCGAGAUCCAGGACACGUGCGCGCUCGAGAUCCAGGACACGAGCGUGCUCGUCAUCAAGGACACGUGCGCGCUCCUACAGUAA